AAUUUGGAAUGAAACUCUUCUUAUGUUUCCCCAUCUGAGCUCAGAGUAGAUGAGAGAUGUAAUGUUUGUCUCUGUUGUGUUGAAGCCCAAUCAAGCCGGAGAGACCAGCCUCCCCUGUACCCAGCUGUGUGUCCAUGAAGAGUGACAAGUCUAUGGAACCUCCUAUACACUUUCGAGAGGGAGACUUUUCUACUGAACAAAGAAACCAACAGGAGAGAUCAGAGUCAGAGAUUCUCAGUGGUCAGUCUUCCCAGAGUCAUCAAACAGACCUGGCCUCCAUAUUCAGUUUGCUUGAAGAGAAUAUUAUUACAUUUGUGAAGAACGAGCUGAAGAUGUUCAAGAGGAUUCUUAGUCCAGAACUCCCAGAAGGCUUUGAGAGUCAGAAGCAGGAUAAGGAAGUGGUGGAUGGUGAAGAUGAGAAGCAGGAGAGCAGUGCCAGAGAGGGGGCUCUGAAGAUCACACUGCACGUCCUGAGGAAAAUGAACCAGAAGGAGCUUGCUGACACACUGGAGAAAUAUUCAGAUGAGCUUGCUGUGAUUUGCCAACGUGAACUCAAAUCUAAUCUAAAGAAGAAGUUUCAAUGUGUAUUUGAGGGGAUCGCUAAACAAGGAAACCCAACACUUCUCAAUAAGAUCUACACAGAGCUCUACAUCACAGAGGGUGGAACAGGAGAGGUCAAUAAUGAACAUGAGCUGAGACAGAUUGAGACAACAACCAGGAAACAAGCAAGACCAGAGACUGCAAUCAAAUGUAACGACAUCUUCAAAUCCUUAACUGGACAAGACAAACCUAUCAGAACUGUGCUGACAAAGGGAGUCGCUGGCAUUGGAAAAACAGUCUCUGUGCAGAAGUUCAUUCUGGACUGGGCUGAAGGAAAAGCAAAUCAGGAUGUCCAAUUUGUAUUUUCAUUCCCUUUUCGGGAGCUGAAUUUAAUGAAAGAGGACAAACACACGUUCAUUGAACUUCUCAAUCACUUCUCAAUGGAAAUCAAAGAAUCAAGAAUCUCCAACUACAACAAGUACAAAGUUCUGUUCAUCUUUGAUGGUCUGGAUGAGUGCCGACUGCCCCUAGACUUCCAGAAGAACAAGAUCUGUUGUGACGUCACAGAGUCAUCCUCAGUGGAUGUUCUGCUGACAAAUCUCAUCAAGGGAAAUCUGCUUCCCUCUGCUCUCCUCUGGAUAACUACCCAACCUGCAGCAGCCCAUAAGAUCCCUUCAGGGUGUGUUGACCAGGUGACAGAGGUACGAGGGUUCAAUGACCCACAGAAGGAGGAGUACUUCAGGAAGAGAUUCAGUGAUGAGGACCUGGCCAGCAGAAUCAUCUCACACAUAAAGACAUCAAGGAGCCUCCACAUCAUGUGCCACAUUCCAGUCUUCUGUUGGAUUUCUGCAACAGUCCUUGAACACAUGCUGAAACAUAAGAGAGAAGAGAUGCCCAAGACUCUGACUGAGAUGUACACACACCUUGUGGUGUUUCAUACCAAACAGAAGAAUGAAAAGUAUCUUGGGAAAGAAGAGACAGGUCCACACUGGAAUAAAGAGAGCAUUCUGUCACUGGGAAAACUGGCUUUUCAGCAGCUUGUGAAUGGCAAUCUGAUUUUCUCUGAAGAAGACCUGAAAGAGGCUGACAUUAAUGUCACUGACGCCUCAGUGUACUCAGGAUUGUGCACACAGCUCUUUAAAGAGGAAUGUGGGCUGUACCAGGAGAAGGUGUACUGCUUUUUCCAUCUGAGCAUUCAGGAGUUUCUGGCUGCUGUAUAUGUGUUCCUCUCAUUCAUCAACAACAAUGAGAAUCUAAUGGACAAACCGCAAUCAACGUCCAGGAACCUUUCUGCGCUGUUCAGAGACAAGCCUGCAGUUACUGUCUACAAGAGUGCUGUGGAUAAAGCCUUACAAAGUGAGACGGGAAACCUGGACCUUUUCCUCCGCUUCCUUCUGGGCCUCUCACUGGAGUCCAAUCAGAAGCACUUACAAGGUCUAUUGACAAAGACAAGAAGCAGCUCACAGACACAUGAAGAAACAGUCAAGUACAUCAAGGAGAAGAUCAGGAAGAAUCCCUCUCCAGAGAGGAGCAUCAAUCUGUUCCACUGUCUGAAUGAACUGAAUGACCAUUCUCUAGUGGAGGAGAUCCAAAGCUACCUGAGAUCAGGAAGUCUCUCAAAACCCAACCUGUCACCUGCACAGUGGUCAGCUCUGGUCUUUGUGUUGCUGACUUCAGAAAAGGAGGUGGAUGUGUUUGACCUGAAGAAAUACUCCAGAUCAGAGGAAGGUCUUCUGAGGCUGCUGCCAGUGGUCAAAGCCUCCAGAGCUGUUCUGCUGUCAGGCUGUGGAGUCACAGGGAAAGGCUGUGCUUCUCUGGUCUCAGCUCUGGAGUCAAACCCCUCACACCUGAGAGAGCUGGAUCUGAGUAACAAUGACCUGAAGGAUUCAGGAGUGAAGCUGCUCUCUGCUGGACUGGGGAAUCCCCACUGUAAACUGGAGACUCUGAGGCUGUCAGGCUGUCUAGUCACAGAGGAAGGCUGUGCUUCUCUGGUCUCAGCUCUGAGGUCAAACCCCUCACACCUGAGAGAGCUGGAUCUGAGUAACAAUGACCUGAAGGAUUCAGGAGUGAAGCUGCUCUCUGCUGGACUGGGGAAUCCCCACUGUAAACUGGAGACUCUGAGGCUGUCAGGCUGUCUAGUCACAGAGGAAGGCUGUGCUUCUCUGGUCUCAGCUCUGAGGUCAAACCCCUCACACCUGAGAGAGCUGGAUCUGACUAACAAUGACCUGAAGGAUUCAGGAGUGAAGCUGCUCUCUGCUGGACUGGGGAAUCCCCACUGUAAACUGGAGACUCUGAGGCUGUCAGGCUGUCUAGUCACAGAGGAAGGCUGUGCUUCUCUGGUCUCAGCUCUGAGGUCAAACCCCUCACACCUGAGAGAGCUGGAUCUGAGUAACAAUGACCUGAAGGAUUCAGGAGUGAAGCUGCUCUCUGCUGGACUGGGGAAUCCCCACUGUAAACUGGAGACUCUGAGGCUGUCAGGCUGUCUAGUCACAGAGGAAGGCUGUACUUCUCUGGUCUCAGCUCUGAGGUCAAACCCCUCACACCUGAGAGAGCUGGAUCUGAGUAACAAUGACCUGAAGGAUUCAGGAGUGAAGCUGCUCUCUGCUGGACUGGGGAAUCCACACUUUAAACUGGAGACUCUGAGGCUGUCAGGCUGUCUAGUCACAGAGGAAGGCUGUGCUUCUCUGGUCUCAGCUCUGGAGUCAAACCCCUCACACCUGAGAGAGCUGGAUCUGAGUAACAAUGACCUGAAGGAUUCAGGAGUGAAGCUGCUCUCUGCUGGACUGGGGAAUCCCCACUGUAAACUGGAGACUCUGAGGCUGUCAGGCUGUCUAGUCACAGAGGAAGGCUGUGCUUCUCUGGUCUCAGCUCUGAGGUCAAACCCCUCACACCUGAGAGAGUUGGACCUGAGCUACAAUCACCCAGGAGACUCAGGAGUCAGACUGCUCUCUGCUGAACUGGAGGAUCGAAACUGCAGACUGGAGAAACUCAAUGUGGAACAUGGUGGAGAGAACACAAUGAAACCUGGGCUUAGAAAAUAUGUCUGUGAUCUCACACUGGACCUAAACACAGUAAACAGACUCCUCUCUCUGUCUGAGGAGAACAGAAAGGUGACAUGUAGGAGAGAGGAGCAGCCGUAUCCUGAUCACCCAGAGAGAUUUGAGUACUGUAAACAGCUGCUGUGUAGAGAGGGUCUGACUGGGCGCUGUUACUGGGAGGUAGAGUGGAGUGGGAGGGCUGAUAUAGGAGUGACAUAUAAAGGAAUCAGCAGGAGAGGAAGGGGUAUCGACUGUUGGCUUGGACACAAUGACAAGUCCUGGAGUCUGUUCUGCUCUGACAACAGUUACUCUGCCUGGCACAAUAAUAAUCGGACUACCAUAGACGUCCUCUCCUCCAGCCCCCACCGAGUAGGAGUGUAUCUGGACUGGCCAGCCGGCACUCUGUCCUUCUAUAGAGCCUCCUCUGACACACUGACCCACCUGAUCACAUUCACCUCCACAUUUACUGAGCCCCUCUAUCCAGGGUUUGGGUUUGAUUAUGACUCCUCAGUGUCCCUGUAAAUAAUAACCUGACACACACAUGUGACACACACAUGCACACGGACACACUGGACACACACACACACACACACACACUGGACACACAUUGGAAACACACACUGGACACACACACACUGGACACACACACACACACUUUGGACACACACACACUUUGGACACACACACACACACACACACACAUUGGACACAUACACACACACACAUACACAUUGGACACAAACACACACACACACACACACACAUAUACUCAUUGGACAUAUACACGAACACGCUGGACACUCACACACACAAAGGCACACACAGACACAAACAUAGGACACUGGACACACACACACACUGGACACACACACAGACAUACACAUUGGACACAUAGACACACACACACACACCUACUGGACACACACACACACACACUGGACACACAUAUUGGACACACACACAUAUUGGACACAAACACGCUGGACACAGACACACACACACACACUGGACACAGACACACACACACACACACACACACUGGACACAGACACACACACACACACACACAUUGGACACACACACACACACAUUGGACACACACAAACACACACACGACACACACACACAUUGGACACACACACACACAUUGGACACACACACACACACAUUGGACACACACAAACACACACACGACACACACACACAUUGGACACACACACACACAUUGUACACACACACACACACACACACACACAUUGGACAGACACACACACAAACACUGGACACACACACACACGCACACACAUGCUGGACACACACACACACACAUUCAUAUUGGACACACACACACACGCACACAUAUUGGACACACAAACACACUGGCUACACGCACUGGACACACACACACACACACACACACACACACACACACACACACACACUGGACACACACACACUGGACACACACACACGCAUGAUCCUAUAAUUGUGAGGAACUUAACACAGGACCUUCAAAUGAGGACCAUCAUUUCUGUUUGGGAACAAACAGACACCUCAUUCCAGCACCAAGUGGUCCCACAAACACACAGUUUCUGGAUCACAGGUUCUAGAACAGCUUUUAUCCCAGUUAAAUCAGUUUCUGGACCACAGGUUCUAGAACAGCUUCUAUCCCAGUUCUAUCUGCCUUUUAAAUCAGUUUCUGUACCACAGGUUCUAGAACAGCUUCUGUCCCAGUUCUAUCUGCCUGCUAAAUCAGUUUCUGGAUCACAGGUUCUAGAACAGCUUCUAUCCCAGUUCUAUCUGCCUGUUAAAUCAGUUUCUGGACCACAGGUUCUAGAACAGCUUCUAUCCCAGUUCUCUCUGCCUGUUAAAUCAGUUUCUGGACCACAGGUUCUAGAACAGUUUCUAUCCCAGUUCUAUCUGCCUGUUAAAUCAGUUUCUGGACCACAGGUUCUAGAACAGUUUCUAUCCCAGUUCUAUCUGCCUGUUAAAUCAUCAACCUAAACUGUUUUCAUCAGACUAUUAGAACAUGACUGAACCUUUUGGUUCCUUUUCUGAUCUUUUACCACUUUGCAUUUUAAUGAUAUAUUUUACUGUUUGUGUUUGUACCACAGGAGGUUGGUGGGACCUUAAUUGGGGAGGACAGGCUUGUAAUGGCUGGAGGGGAAUAAGUGGAAUGGUAUCAAACACGUGGUUUCCAUGUGUUCCAUUUCAUUCACUCUGUUCCAGACAUUAUUAUGAGCCGUCCUCCCCUCAGCAGCCUCCUCUGGUAUGUACUGUCCUAUAUGUGAGAGCUCCAACAAGGAAUUACAAUGUAUGUAUUACUUUUAAUACCUGCAAAUGGCAAAUAAACCACUUGAACUCCUUAUGAAUGUCUGCAGCCGACUAGACUGUUGGCGUCUGACAAGAGGUGAAAAUAUUACAGGAAUAUUCUGCAAAUGUUGAUGAAGACGUCACUCAAUACACCCAAAACAACAUGCUGUCUUUCCACAAGACUCCCAUGAAGUUACAGUGUGACGUUAUGAGUUGACGUUAAAGUAACAUUCUCAGAACAUACUGCACUUGUUUUAUACUGUUUUAGAUGGAUCCUGUGUUUAAACAUUUAAACUCUUACAAUAACAACGUUAAAAUACCAAUGUGAUCAUUUGUUGUAUGUCUUUUAUGUUGAAUAACAAAUUGUACAAUUAUAUAUGGACAUAUGCUGCAUAGUUAUACAAGUAUACAAGGAUAUAUUGUACUUUUCAUAAUAAAACAUACUUGAAACAAGAAAAAGCA